GGCUGACCCGCAACGUUCCACCCCGUGACUCCGGUUGCCUAGGAGAGGCCGCGGGCUCCGCGGUUGCCAAGGCGACCAGUCAACACCGGGGGCGGGGGCCGGCGCCGAGCCGGGAGAGGGGCGGCCGCGGCGGCCCCAGCGAAGAUGCUGGCCAGCGUGUCUGGCUCAAUGAGCGCUUCAUCCAGUGCAUCCAACAGGUCCAGGACCCGCACUCGCUACAGAACCAAGGCCGUGAACUCAGAGGUGGACGAGAGCCUGUUUGGAAUUGCCAAGAACCUGCAGCGAUCAUGCUCUGGCAGCCCCCUAGUGAUCCUACGGGAUGUGCAGACUGUCCAGAAAUCACCCUCUGCCUGUGGCUGGGGCCACAAACCUGAGACCAUCCGCCUCAUCACCAGGGACCUCAUCCGUGAUCUCGUUGUUCCUGCAGAGGACCCAUCAGGAGAAUCCCUCAUUAUGAGCCCAGAGGAUUUCCACCGCAUUAAGACCGCAUCCCGAGUCCUGACCAAGGAGGAGCGUGAGGCCAGCAUAGCAGCCCUCAAGGCAGAGAAGGAAGCUGUUAUAGCUGGGGUGAAUGAGCGCAAGAACGUCAUGAAGCUGAAGGGGAUAGUGCAGAAGAAGAAGGAGAAGCUGAGUGACCUGGAGGAGGAGGCCAAGGAGCGAGCCCAGUACCUGCUGCAGCGGGCCAACAGGAUGCGCAUGGAGCAGGAGGACGAGGUCAAGGAGCUCAGCGAGAUGAUCCUGAACGCAAAGUGCCAGGCGAUCCGCGAUGCACAGAUGCUGGAGAAACAGCUGAUUGAGAAGGAGCUGGAGGAGGAGGAGAAGCGCCUGGACCAGAUGAUGGAGGUGGAGAGGCAGAAAGCCACCAAGAUGCAGGAGGAGCUGGAGCAGAAGAGGAAGGAGGAGCAGAUCAGAGGGAGGCAACAUAUCAUCAAGCAGAUAGAGAAGAACGAAGAGGAGAGGGCUAUGAAGGCGGAGCAGCGGGAUCAGGAGGCCCAGGAGAUGCUGGAUUAUCUGGAGCAAAUGCAGAUGGAAGACCUGAGGGACAUGGAGCACAGACAUGAGCAGAAGGUGAAAAUUCAGGCUGAGAUUAAACGUAUCAAUGAUGAAAACCAGCAGCGUAAGGAGGAGCAGCAGGCCCAGGAGAGGAUGGCUGACCAGCGGGUGCUGGAGUACCAGAAGCAGAAAAUAGCACGGGAAGCAGAGUUUGAGGCUGAACAGGAGAAGAUCCGUCGGGAGAAGGAGAUGGAGACGGCACGUCUGAGAGCGAUGCAGGAAAAGGCCCAGGAUUACCAAGCAGAGCAGGAUGCGCUGCGGGCCAAGCGGAACCAAGAGGCCACCGAGCGAGAGUUGCGCCAGAAGGAGAAGGAAGCUGCGCAGAGGAAGGCGGAGACUGAGGCCAUGCUGAAGAAGAGCCGGCUGGAGCAGAUAGCCUACAAGGAGCACAGCCUGGCUGUGCAGGUGCAGCGGGACCGCAAGGAGUUCGAGAGGAUCCUCAGGGCCCAGCGGGAUCAGAUUGAGAAGGAACGGAAGGAGCAGGAGCGACGCGCAGCCCUGCAGGUGAUGCACGCCGACCAGGUGCGACGCCAGGUGCGUGAGCAUCAGCAGAAGCAGGUGCAGGAGAGAAUUGCUACCUUCGAGGAGGGCAAGCGGCUGAAGGAAGAGGCACGCCGGCGCAGUGAGCGUAUCAGCGAGAUCAAGAGGAAGAAGAUAGAGGAGCUCAGAGCUGCUGGCCUGCCUGAGAAGUACUGUGCCCAGGUGGAGCGCCGAGCCCUCGUUGGGCCAGCCUUCGUGCACUGAGGGUCUCCAAGGCAGCAUUGCAUAGCCCAACCUGGCUCCACCGCACAGCAAGGAAUAGCAGCCCAGCCUCGCCAGGGGCCUAGAUUGUAUAUUUUGUUAGUUACUGAGAGUGUUUUUUGAAUAGAGAUAUUUAUGGA